AUGGAGGCUCGAGGACUCAAGGUCAACGUCAAGGUCAUGGGAAGCAUGGAAGAGAUCGUCAAGGAGAAGGGGACGCGCCGCGAAGGCCGCCCAAUUCCAUCUAUUGCUUGCAAAAUCGACGAAUUUUUGGUCAGUUUCCGUGUGUUUGCCUUGGCUGUUCAUCCUUCUGGUCAUCUUCCUCCCGCGUUCACCGCCGCCAGGCCAAGGUCGAUCCGGACGCCCGCCUCAAACUCCACUGCGCCGCCUCCCGCAGCAGCAACAAUCAACCGAGCCGCGCCGCUCACGCUGAUCCGCUCCUCCACAGCCUCCCAAAUCGCACGCGCGCACCACAGGCCAGGCUGCUGCCCGCACGCCAUCCCACUCGCGCAACCACCCCACCAUCCCCGCGUUGGCCGCUGCCAACCAUCACCUCCGCGUCCCCACUGCCGCGACCAUCAACCGCCAGCAGCUGCGCUCCCGACCAACUCCCGCGCGUUGACCGCCCGCCUGACCCCACCUCGCGAGCAGUGCCCCACCAGCCGCCGGCAGCCCCAGUCGCUCCCCCGCGCGCAGCCACCACGCCCUGCCGGCCUGCCCCGCCCAGCUUCCGCCCCUGGCCGCGCAACGCUCGCCCAGGUCGCCUGCCUCGCGUGCCCUCUCCGCAAGCAGCAACUGCUGCCCAUCGCCUCAUCUCUGCCCAGGCCGCCUGGCCAGCAAGCCUGA